GGUGCCCAGGGUACUCAGGGAUAUCCUGGGGAACUUGGACGACAGGGCCCUCCAGGAGCUUCAGGCAUGCCAGGGAAAGCAGGACCUCCUGGACCUAAGGGUGACACUGGAUUAACUGGACCCCCUGGACCACCAGGAACCGUUAUUGUGACAUUAAGUGGACCAUACAACAUGACGGACUUGAAAGGAGAGAAAGGAGAAAAAGGAUCAAGAGGACUUCCAGGGCCAAUGGGGUUUACAGGGCCGGUUGGUGAUUCUCAGAGUGAAAAGGGUGACCAAGGAGAACCCGGAGCACAGGGUAAACCUGGAAAAGAAGGUGCCCCAGGUCCACCUGGCUUACCGGGACAAAAGGGUGAACAGGGCAAACCAGGACUGGCUGGCAGGCAAGGAGCUAAGACAGAGUAUUAUGAUAGUGUGGUUGGUGAAAAAGGAGAUGAAGGACCCCCCGGACCUCCAGGACCAAGAGGUCAACGUGGCGUGCCUGGGCCACAGGGUCCUCCAGGAGAUGCUGGUAGACCAGGUGUGUCAAGACCCGGUCUGAGAGGUCCCCCAGGAUUUCCUGGGCCAAAAGGAACAAAAGGAGAGAAAGGACAAACUGGCUUGUGUAUUGUAGGCCCUCCAGGACUACCUGGUAUUACCGGUAGACCUGGUUCUGUUGGAUUACCAGGUCCUCCAGGAGAACCAGGUAGAGUAACAUUUAGAACAGGCCUACCAGGACUUCCUGGAGAGCCAGGGUGUACAGGACCUCCAGGACCUCCAGGAGAUAUUGGCAUGAAAGGUGAUGAAGCUUGUGUGUGUACUGAUUGCAGCUAUAUUCCAGGAAUACCUGGUCUUCCUGGUUCUCCUGGGCAACAUGGCCAAGAUGGCAUGCCUGGUAGGGAGGGAACAACAGGUCCAAAAGGUUCUCCAGGUUCUCCAGGAGCACCAGGGUUUCCGGGAGCUCAAGUAAGACUUGGGUUUUUCAGAUUAUUUUUCAGAUCCCACAAGAAUUAUUUCAUGGCUGGUGUUACAUGCAAUGUCAUACUGGGUGAUCUCAACCGUUUUCUUUCUGUU